UCGUGCUUUACGCACGGGAGGGAAGUCUCUUCCGGGUUUGUCGUUGGCUGUGUGAGAGUUCAUAGGGCAUGCAGAGGUCGUGUUGUGCUUUUGAUUUAGCUCGUAUACAUUUGUUUUUAACUAGCUGGGACUCGUGAUGUGAUGGCUUUCCUGAGUUUGUUCCUGAGAAGGCAGUUGCCUCCGGCCUUGUCCCACUUCGCCCGGACAGUGAGGCUGGUCCGGCCUCCCGGCGCCAGAGCCCCGCUGCAGAGGCUGCACGGCUCGUCCCGGCUGCGGCUCGGAGAGAAGGAACCGUGGCUGAAGAGCCGGGGGCCGGAGCUGCAGCAGCAGUACCAGCUCUCAGACCUCGACAAGGCGGACGCUUUGAUGCUGAGAAAGUCCCACGAGACAGGAUUCCUCUCGUGGUUCAGGAACGGUCUGCUGGCGACUGGGAUUGGAGUCAUCGCAUUUGUCCAGAGCGAAGUGGGGCGAGAAGCAGGAUAUGCCUUCUUUAUCCUGGGAGGUGCGUGUGUGUCGUUUGGCGGUGCCUCGUACAUUGCCAGCCUUUUUGCCUUGCGGAGGAUGAUGCUGCUGUCAGUGCCAGCGCUGCUGCUCCAAAGCGUCGUGGUGGGCAGCGUCGCCCUCUUCUGGCUCUGUGCGGUAUCUCUCUACAUCGGCCGCCUAGAGGUGGAGAUCAUCCAUGAUGGGGAGGAUGAGGAGGCAGAGGAUGAGGAUGAGUGCCAGGAGUGCAGAGAGAGGCGUGAACACAGGGGUUACCGUGGCUCCCACAACAGCAGGCAUCACGGCAGCGAGGACAAUGACGGCAAGGGGCCAAACAACUAGACAGCUUGGACGGAGAGGGUGUGUGUGUGUUGCUAUGAUUCAGGACUUCCCCUUAUUGGUAUGAGUGUGUCUGCGUGUGUGUGCGUGCAGCCUAUAUGUUCAUAUGUAGGCUGUGUGAGUCUAUAACAAUACAGACUUUUUGAUCAUUGUUAUAUUGAUGUAAAGAUUAUUGUUUAGAUGAAAGACUUUUAGACCUUUUGGGAAACUGGUCAGAAAAUGCUGAAAUCUUGGUAGUUUGAAUAAAUCAGCCUUUUUUUAUAAGAUUUCUUAUAAUUGGAAAUAUUCAAAGCUGCUUUACUUACAUUAUCAAUCUGACUGAAAAUGUUAUUAUAACUUACAUCCUCAGGCACACUGCAAAGACUAUGAGAACAUCACAUAUCUGUUAAUGUAGGUUUCGUUUUCACUGCACUGUAUGCAAUUAUUUUCUCAGCCGACUUGUCGGAUGCCAUUUGUCUUAUCUUGUUCAACAUAAUGAACUGUGACUGACUACUUGAAGUUUUCAGAAAAAGUAACAAAAACAAGCUGGUUGUGAUGUUCUAUGAGAUCUAGAGAGAAUAAACACUUCUCUUUUUAUUAUUCUUUUAUCAAUGAGGGCUUAAAAUGUUUUAACAGCUUUAAGUUACCCUAUGAAAUAUUGUUUUUCAAUUUUGUUUUAUAAGGGCAAUAGCACUUUUUGUUUGUCAUUGUGGUAACUCUCGGCUUUUGGGGACAAAGUAUUUUCCUGUAGUUCUAUAUUUGGCUGGGUAUUGUUGAUACACAUGUACAGUACAUGGUGAUCCCUAUACUUGCUGUUUUAACAGAUGUAAAGAAUGGUUGAAAGUUGACUGUGACCGUUUGCAGGAAUUGGGUUCACUGUGUUUACUUCUGUUUCUGUGUGCACAACGUUCAGUGCACUCUGCUGUACAUACACUAAUAAAGCAAGAAGAAAUCUGCGCUGACCGAGAGUCAAAACUUCA